AUGCGCAAGUCCUUUUUGCAAACCAACAACCGAGCGGUUCUCAUUCCUCUAGGGUAUCGAUCAAUACACACGAGCCGAGGCAUGUCAUCGUCCAACUCCUCGACCGCAAAGCGGAAGCAGAGAGACUCAAUCUCGCCGCCGCCUGUCAAGCGGAAAGUCCAGAGCGGCACCACCAUUGCCAACUUCUUCAAACCAUCCUCCCAAAAGCCUAAAGACCGAACAAUCUGGACAGAACGAGCCCCGAACGAUGAUACUCCCGCGACCCUGCUUGUCGGCCGCUACGAACCGGAGCACACCCCCUCCGAACCUGAAAAGAGGACCAAGGUUGCUGCCUUUGAUCUGGACUCGACUCUAAUUACAACAGCGUCUGGCAAGAAGCACGCCGACGCUGCUGCAGACUGGAAGUGGUGGCAUGCCAGCGUUCCUGGGAAGUUGAAGGAGAUGUACAACGACCAGGGGUAUCGCGUCGUAGUGCUCUCUAACCAAGCCGGUCUUGUUCUUCACGCCGACCCGAAAGCCAAAACCCCGAAAUCGACCAAAGACAGAGUCUCUGCGUUCAAACAAAAGGUCAACGCUGUCUUGACGCAACUCGAUCUUCCUGUGACCGUAUAUGCUGCUACGGAAAAGGAUAUCUACCGGAAACCACGGUCGGGAAUGUGGAAAGAACUCUGCGACGACUACGACCUUGCUGGAGACAUCGAUUUGAAGCAAAGCAUCUUUAUCGGUGAUGCAGGAGGUCGGAUAGCUGCAUCAAAAACUGCCAAGGAUUUCAGCUGCUCUGAUCGGAAUUUUGCCGACAAUGUUGGUAUCGAAUACAAGACUCCAGAGGAAUUCUUUCUUGGCGAGAAACCGCGGGACUUCGUUCGAGAGUUCGACAUUGUUCAUUUCCCAUAUCCAGAGGGCUCAAAUUCUCCCAGAUUGGAUGUUAUAUUCGAGAAGAAGAACAAACAGGACAUCGUCUUGUGUUGUGGCCCACCCGGUGCCGGCAAAAGCACGUUUUUCUGGAAGCACCUGAAGCCGUUGGGAUACGAGCGGGUCAACCAAGAUAUUUUGAAAACCCGAGAAAAGUGCGUUCAAGCUGCCAAAGACCUGCUGAGCGAUGGUCAAUCCAUCACAAUAGACAACACCAAUGCCGACCCUGAUACAAGAGCUGUCUGGGUUCAGUUAGCAGAGAAGCUGAAAGUGCCUAUCAGAUGUGUCUGGUUCAAGACACCGCUGCACAUCUGCGAACACAACGACGCUGUGCGGUCUUUGAAUGAAUCACUCAAUCCUGAGUCCCGGACUGCACUGCCUAAGAUGGCCUUCAAUGGCUUCAAGUCACGUUUCAAAGAGCCAAAGGUUAAGGAAGGCUUCCAAGACCUCACCGAGGUUGAGUUCGCCUUCCGAGGAACUAAGGAAGAGCAUAAGGUGUGGGCCAAAUACUGGCUGUGA